UGCCCUGCUCUCUUGUCUGGCUCUGCACUCCCCCUUCCUCUCCCUCUCCCUCUUUCUCCCGUCUCUCUCUUCCUCCCUCUCCCCCUCCCUUUUCUCCCUCACCCUUGCUCUUCUUUCCCCUUUGCUCACAAAGCUUUUGCCACAUUGCACAAAUACAAAGCUUGCAUUGUUAACUAUAUCAAUUUUGAACGUUAAAAUAGGCCACAGAAGGAAGAAGUAUCACGCAUCUCCCCGGACAACUACAGCCCCAAGUGGAAACGGAAAAGACUACCCCAGAUAGACGAAAAGGAGGAAGACUGUUACUGAAGUCACAUCCUGUACCCCAAGAAGCCACCCAUCCUUGAGAAAUCAAUAAGAACAGCCAAAUGAAUAGCAAUAAGCAUCAAGGGAGAUGGAUUUGGUGCAGAGAUGCUGAAAAGAGGGGCAGAGACAUCCAGUGACUGCCCUGAACUCUAUCUUCAAGGACCAAGGGCACUAAAGUUUACAUGGAAUGCUAUGGAUAUGCAUAUCUAAGCAAUCCCAGUCAAGAGUAAUUUAGACUCCUCCCCCCAAAGAAUUCCCACUUCAAGACUCAUACUUGGUGCUCAACAAAACAAGAGUCACUACAGGACCAGCUCUGUUUAAAGGAUACUGACCAUGUUCUCAAAUAUUCUGUGUCAGAAAUUGCUGCUAAUGUUAAUGUCGCUUUUAAUAAUUACCUGGAUAAUUUUUGAAAUUUCUGAAAGUUCCACAAAGCUUUGGAUGGCUCUGAGCUCAUCCAUCUCCUUCCACUCCUGGAACACCUCCAUGAAGUCCUCUUGUCCUGAAAGGCCAAUGAAUCAGUCAAGGAUACCAACAGAGACUAAGCUAAGAGAGGAGAUCCCCAAAGUGACAAGACCGGUCAAGUCACCAACAGAGAAAGAACUGAGAAUCAGGGAGAUCCUAGAGAAGCUAAAUCAGCAGAUCCCACCCAGACCCUUCACCCACCUCAACACCACCACCAGCGCCAAAGAGAGCAGAGCCACCAUCCUCAACCCUCGAGGCAAAUACUGUAAAGGGGACCAGCUGGACAUCCUAAUAGAAGCGAGGGACUACCUAAGAAACAAGAAGGAGUAUGGUGGGGACUUCCUGAGGGCCAGGAUGUCCUCCCCAGCCCUGAAGGCUGGUGCUUCUGGAAAGGUGACAGAUUUCAACAACGGCACCUACCUUGUCAGUUUCACUCUGUUCUGGGAAGGUCAGGUGGCCCUGUCUAUCCUACUCAUCCAUCCCAGUGAAGGGGUGUCAGCUCUCUGGAGAGCAAGGAACCAAGGCUAUGAUAGAAUUGCCUUCAAGGGUAAAUUUGUUAAUGGCACCUCCCAGGUAUUAGCUGAAUGUGGCCUGACUCUAAACUCAAGCAAUGAACUCUGCAAAUACCUGUACAGUGGUGGUGAAGAAGUCUUCUACUGUAUGAAGCCUCAACACAUGCCCUGUGAGGCCCUGACCCAUGUGUGUACCAAGCAGCAAGCUGUUUCUUUUCUUACUGACAAAGAAAAAGUUCUUUUCCAGAAGUCCAACAUAGGAGUUGAAAUAAUGAAGAACCCUAAGUAUAUUAGUGUCUCUCAAUGCAACAAGAGUGAAGAAAACAGGACAGAGAAAUGUCAGAUUGGAACGGAGAUUCCCACACCUAGCGGUUACACCUUCCGAGGAAGGUGGAUAACAGCCCAGUGCAAGCAGAGUCUGUUAAACUCGAGUCAGAUAAAUGACUGUUUGAAAGGAAAACUCAUUUACCUCCUGGGAGACUCGACGCUUCGCCAAUGGAUCAACUACUUUCCCAAAGUUGCAAAAACGUUGAAGCCUUUUGAUCUUCACGGGACUGGACUAUAUAAGAAACACGUGCUUCUGGAUGCUGACAGGCACACUCUGGUUGAAUGGAAAAAACACAGUCAUCCUUUCAUCACGGUCCAGCUCUACUCUGUGAUAGAUGAUGGUUAUAUUCCCCAGGAAAUUGACCGCUUACCAGGUGACAAAGAUACUGUCAUUGUCAUCACCUUAGGCCAGCACUUCAGACCCUUCCCCAUGGAACUUUUCAUUCGUAGAGUCAUCAGCAUCCAAAAGGCUAUUGAACGACUCUUCCUCAGAGGCCCUGACACUAAAGUCAUCAUUAAGGCAGAGAAUAUCAGGGAGAUGUACCUAGAUACAGAGAAAUUCGGAGACUUCCAUGGUUAUAUUCAGUAUCUAACCAUGAAGGAUAUUUUCAAAGACCUUCAUGUGGGUAUCAUUGAUGCCUGGGACAUGACCAUUGCUUGUGGUAGCAAUAUUCUCCACCCAUCUGAUGAAGUAAUUGGAAAUCAGAUUGUCAUGUUUUUAAGCUACAUUUGCUAAAGCUAUAUCACUAGAAGCCAAUGUCUACCAGCCAUGCCAUGAGUUUCAUCAGUGAAGUUUUAUUCAAUUUAGGGUCUCCGGAAAAUCAAAUUUAAAAGAAUCUACCUUGUAAUAGAGAUGCAACUCAGUUGAUGGCGUGUUUGCUUAGUAUGCAUGAAGCCCUGGGCCCAUAUAAGCAAGGCACAGUGGCACAUGCUUGUAAUUCCAACACUCAGGAGGGCAGAAGUUCAAAGUCAUUCUUAGUUACAUAGUAAGGUCAAGGAGAACCUGGGCUACAUGAGAACCUUCCUUGAUUAAAUACUUGGUCCCAUCUCGACACAAGGGGAGGAGCUCUGCCCUGACUCAACUUGAUGUGCCAUGCUUUGUGGAAGCCCAUGGGAAGCCUGUUCUUUUCUGAAUGGGGAUGGAGGAGAGGUGGAUGGUGAGGAAGGCAGAUAGGAAAGGGAAGAGGACGGUAGGAGGACAGGGAGGGGAAACUGGUUGGUAUGUACAAUAAAUGAAAAAAUGUUAUUUAAAUAAAAUAUAAAAAAUAAAAUUAA